AUGGAACCAUCAGACUAUUCCGACUAUCUUGACGGCCUCCAAAGCCUCGAUCAAGUUAGCAAUUGGUUGGACGAUCAGUUACAACCAGGUGGUGCCUCCCUCGGCUCACAAAGGCGUUCUGAAUCAGUUGCCAACACGUCGUCAAACACUCAGCGAGGAGGUAUUGAUCCCAAGGACGAGGCCGACAACGACAAUGAUGGCAAAGAUUUCAAGGUUGCUAUUGAGUACAAACUCUUCUUAACCUUGAAAAAGAACAAGUCAAAGCCUACUAAUACCCGCGCAGGAAAUAAGCAAAAGGCAGCGACCGCUGAUGCCCCCGAUAAAUACACGCGAUUAGUUUCAAAAUCAAAUAAGCUAUCGUUAACGUGGAACGCUUCAAAUACCAGCCUUGCAGUUUUAAAAGAGGCCGUGCUUGAAUUCCUCCGUGUGCUCGAGCCAAAUCAGGUGUUUCAACUGGCGGACAAGCAAGAGAGGGAGAAACCUCUGCUGAACCAAACUGUGUUGGACAACUCCAAAAUAUUCGCAAGGUUUCUUGAAGUGGCCGAGGAAAAGGGGGAAGCAAAGGUCUACUUGGUCCAAAAUGACCCCAAGACGAUUGCGGAGCGGAAUGAAGCUUUAAAAAAAUUAUCGGAGCAGGACAAGGAGAACAGCAACGACCAAUCUGUGCAAGCGGAGCCGACGGCCGGUGCAAGUUUCAACAAACAGGUCAUCGAGAAUAUGUGGUUGCUCAGAGCGACUCAUAUGCCGAGUGAGAAUUUGACGGGGUCAAUGGAGCUUCCAGUUAUGAUUGACCCUGAGGAUCGCAAGCGGUUCAUUGCACUCAGUCCGGAUCGAAUUACCCUCUGGGCCAGAGCAAUGGCUACCAACCCCGAAGUCACAGUAGACAAUCCGCCAAAAUCUCCUGCCUUCCGAUUCCAGACCAAAGCUGAAUUCAAGGGAAUUGGCGCAGGUGCCAACAAAGAAGGAGACAAUUCGAUCAAUGUCGGCGCGAGGACCACUCAAGAUUUGCCUAGUCUUCCUAGAACUCCUGGAAGCAACAGAAGCCCUGCUGGUAUCGCAUUGGCGGGUGGUUCUACAAACCCCACUAACGUGUCCCCGAUCCUAAUGGCAAUGGGGGCCUAUCCACCGGCAAUGAGUUGGCCACCAGCCUCCCCUUGGGGAUGGGGCCCUCCAAAACCACACUUCUAUGCCCCAUACGGUGGGAUGCCACUUGAGACUCCACCCGUAUGGCAGCCCAACACCUUUAUCACACACAAUCCUCAUCUGGCUGCAGGGACUAUGAACACUGCACCUGUUUCUUCACCGCCUGCUUCAGACGACACUGUGGACAUCAACGAUUACUUAUCAUUCUGCCACAUCAAUCAUCAUUGCGAAUCGGUACAAAAGGCGCUGGUUGAUUACGGGAUCACUCAUUAUCAAGAAUUUGAGAACAUCAAACCUGAAGAGCUUGAAUUGCUUGGUGUGAAAAAGAGCAAAGCGAGAUUGCUCGUCUCGAACACCAAAAAGUACGGACGCACUCUUAAAGAGCGCCGCCUCAACAAGUAG